ACUGCUGGGCCCUUGCUGCUCACAAGCACAUGCCUACCCUCCCCAGGCCGAGGCCCAGCUGACCCCCGGGGGCUCCCCCGGCAGCGGACAGGGAAGGGUUAAAGGCCCCCCGGGCUCCCUGCCCCUUGCCCUGGGGAUCCCCUGGCCUGUGGGGACAUGAACUGUGUUUGCCGCCUGGUCCUGGUGGUGCUGAGCCUUUGGCCAGAUAGAGCCGUUGCCCCUGGACCACCUUCGGGCUCCCCUCGAGUUCCCUCAGACCCUCGGGCAGAGCUGGACAGUGCAGUCCUCCUGACCCGCUCCCUACUGGCAGACACUCGGCAGCUGGCUGCACAGCUGAGAGAGAAAUUCCCAGCUGACGGGGACCACAACCUGGAUUCCCUACCCACCUUGGCCAUGAGUGCAGGGGCACUGGGAUCUUUGCAGUUGCCAGGUGUGCUGAUGAGGCUUCGAGUGGACCUGCUCUCUUACCUUCGACAUGUACAGUGGUUGCGCCGGGCUGGUGGCCCUUCCCUGAAGACCCUGGAGCCCGAGCUGGGUGCUCUCCAGGCCCGGCUAGACCGGCUACUGCGUCGGCUGCAGCUCCUGAUGUCUCGCCUAUCCCUGCCCCAGGCACCCCUAGACCAGCCAUCUGCCCCCCUGGUGCCCCCUGCCUCAGCCUGGGGAAGCAUCAGGGCAGCUCAUGCCAUCCUAGGAGGGCUGCACCUAACCCUGGACUGGGCCGUGCGAGGCUUGCUGCUGCUGAAGACUCGGCUGUGAUCUUGGACCCAAAGCCACCGUUGUCCUUCAAAGCCAGAUCUUAUUUAUUUAUUUAUUUCAGUACUGGGGCAUGGUGGUCAGGGGAUAUCACCCCUCAUCUCCACC